AAAAAAUAAAAAAAAGUCUUUUAACUCUCUCUUUGUUGAAAUUUAAACGCAACCAGUCCAUCUACAAGAUUCGUAACCCCUAUUUUCGCUUGAGGAGAUCCCAAAAUUCAGUCGCAGUCCUCGAGCCCACAAUGUGGGCUCAAUAAAUCUGAAAUCUAACAGGAGAUCUCCGAGAUUCUCUUGCCGUUCAUCCAAGAACUCCUCCAUACGCUUAGGUGAUUAAGAGUCAAUGUAAAAGUCAAAGCUUGACAAUGGAGGAGAAGGUGUUGCGGAGAUCUCCUAGACUGUCCUCAUCUGUAGUUGGAACUGAAAGCAGCUGUUCAAAAUCAAAACCCACAUUGCAAAAUCAUUCUUCCCAAUUAAGGGCAUCGGUAGAAUUGGGAGCCAAGCCCUUACUUUCAUGGCAUGGUGAUGAUUGCUGUGGAUUGUCUGAUUCGUUGGAUGAACAACCCUUUAAGAGGGUUAAGACCUUUUCAGAGAAUUCUGAUUUGGAAAUGUUGGAGGAUGACUUGUUGUCUCCCAGAAUCACCAACUCUGAUUUUGGGGUUGAAAAGGGCAAAACAAAGAGUAGUUUGAUUGAGUUGCCUAAAUCAGAUGGGAAGCACCCUCCAGAGAACAAGUUAGGUAAACUGCGCUCUCUAGAGAAGAUUAAGCACUUGUGUUCAGAGAAGAAACAAAACAUCAUCUGUUCCCUAAUUGGAGAUCCUGUCCCAAAUGACGAAGUACAAGAAAGAUGGCGUUGGCGGUAUGAAAUGAAGAGUCAAAGAUCUAAUUCUCGAAGGCUCAUAUUAGAUGAUGAUGAUGAAGAUAAGAUUGUUUGGAAUGUGGAGUGCCAUUACACUCAAGCUAAAAUUGGUGGGUCCAUCUUUGAUCUUGGAGAUUGUGCAUAUAUAAAGGGUGAAGGAGAGCAAAAGCACGUUGGCAAGAUUGUAGAGUUUUUCAAAACAACAGAUGGAGAAGAUUAUUUUAGGGUUCAAUGGUUUUACAGAGCUGAAGAUACAGUUAUAAAAGAUGAGGCUGCUUUUCACGACAAGAAGCGUUUAUUUUAUUCAUCAGUAAUGAAUGAUAAUCCAAUAGACUGCAUUAUUUCAAAAGUCAGUGUUGUACAGAUACCACCUAUGAUAGGUUCAAAGUCUCGUUCCACUCCUCCAUCUGGCUUCUAUUUUGACAUGGAAUACAAUGUGGACUAUUCCUCUUUUCAGACGUUGCAGAUUGAUGAGUCGUUCAACAUACAUAAUUCAUUGACACGCAAUGCAGCUGAGCCUUUUUCCAAAACAUCUAGUAAUACUUCAUUGGAAAAUAUGGCCAAUUGUGAAAGUUACAAAGCAGAAUUGGCCCUAUUAGAUCUUUUUUCUGGUUGUGGGGGAAUGUCAACAGGGUUAUGCCUGGGUGCCAAACUUGCCUGUAUUGAUCUUGUAACGAGAUGGGCCCUCGAUAGUGAUAAGUCCGCAUGUGAAAGCUUGAAGCUAAAUCAUCCGGAAACACAUGUUAGAAAUGAAGCCGCUGAGGAUUUUCUUGAACUGUUGAAGGAAUGGGAAAAGCUAUGCAAAAAAUAUGUAGUCAAGGACGUAGAAGGUAUCUAUCGAUUAAGAUCAAUGACUUCGACAAUAGCCAAUGAAAAUGAAAAUAAAAGUUCUCCAAAGGAUGAUGAUAUCCCCCCCGGUGAAUAUGAAGUUUCAAGACUUGUUGAUAUUUGUUAUGGCGAUCCUAAUGAGACAGGAAAACGUGGAUUGAAAUUUAAGGUUCAUUGGAAGGGUUAUGGUACAAGUGAAGAUACAUGGGAACCAAUUGAAGGCUUAAGCCACUGCCAAGAAUGCAUAAGGAAUUUUGUAAGGCAUGGCUUCAAGUCCAAGAUCUUGCCAUUUCCCGGUGAUGUUGAUGUAAUUUGUGGUGGACCUCCAUGCCAAGGGAUUAGUGGCUAUAAUCGCUACAGAAAUGUCAAUUCUCCACUUGCUGAUGAAAGAAAUCGUCAGAUUGUUGUCUUCAUGGACAUAGUGCAGUUCUUGAAGCCUAAAUUUGUAUUGAUGGAAAAUGUUGUCGACAUUCUUAGAUUUGAUAAAGCUUCUUUUGCAAGAUACGCUUUAAGUCGUUUGGUACAUAUGAAAUACCAAGCAAGGCUUGGAACCAUUGCAGCUGGCUGUUAUGGUCUUCCACAAUUCCGGUUGCGUGUUUUCUUAUGGGGAGCUCAUGCUAGUGAGCAGAAACUACCCCAAUUUCCACUUCCUACUCAUGAUGUUAUUGUCAGAUAUUGGCCGCCACCUGAGUUUGAGCGGAAUACUGUUGCCUAUAAUGAAGACCAACCUCAUGAACUAGAAAAGGCCUCAGUUCUUCAAGAUGCCAUUUCCGAUCUUCCAUAUGUAGUCACAAGCCAUGAGACCCGUGAGGAAAUAACUUAUGAAAAGCCUCCAGAAACCGAGUUUCAAAGGUUUAUAAGGUCAACAAAAUAUGAGAUGACUGGUUUGUCACGGGAAGGCACUAAAAAAAUAAAGAAUUUACUAUAUGACCAUCGUCCAUACACAUUGAAUGAAGAUGACUAUGCUCGAGUUUGCCAAAUUCCUAAAAGAAAGGGAGCGAAUUUCAGGGACCUCCCUGGCAUAGUUGUAGGAGGAGAUAAUGUUGUCCGGCGGGAUCCAACAAAGGAGCAAGUGCUGUUGCCAUCUGGAAAGCCACUGGUACCAGAUUUUGCCUUCACUUUUGUACAAGGAAAGUCAAAAAGGCCUUAUGCAAGAUUAUGGUGGGACGAGACAGUGUCAACUGUGGUGACAUACCCAGAUCUUCACAGCCAGGCAGUGAUACAUCCAGAGCAGGAUAGGGUCCUCACUAUAAGAGAAUGUGCAAGGCUGCAAGGUUUUCCUGAUUACUAUAGAUUCUCUGGAACAGUUAAAGAAAGGUACCGUCAAAUUGGGAAUGCUGUUGCUGUUCCUGUAGGUCGAGCCUUAGGAUAUGCAUUGGGGAUGGCAUUUCAGAAACUCAGUGGGGAUGAACCACUGAUGGAACUCCCUCCUAAGUUCUCUCAUUCAACUAAUCUCCAAUUAACUAAAUCACUGUUCCAUAAGACUAACUAGAAUUUUCUUCAUGCAGCCUACCAUUUAUCUUAUCUUUUUCAACUUAACCAUGUCACUGCUUGAUUUCUUAAAUUUGUAUACUGGUCUGUUGUCAUUGAGGCAGCUCCUUAGUUUCAUUUGUUGAAGCUCUUUGAGCAAAAUUUAGAAUAAAUACACUAUGAUAGUUGAUUAUGAUGGGAUUCAUAUAGAAUCUAUCAUGAUUAAUUAUCAUAAUAAAACUGUUGUUUAUACAACGGUGUAUUUUUAAAAUUUUUUCUUACCA